AUGUUCAACAGUUAUUUUAAUUGUGUAUUAUUAGGCUUAGGCUUAUCAGUUCUCUUUUUUCUCACACCACACAAAAUGACUACAAGAAGUUUUCAACUGAGACCUGAGACAUGGAUAAUUUUCUUCUUUUUAUCUUCAGUCCUGCUAAGUCUACUGUUCCUGCUAUCAGUCAACGUAAGGUACGACAACAUCUACAAAUCUUCACUUCCAACAGCAGACAAUCUUACUUUUCACCGGUAUAACAUCAACUGUUUGGCCAUCUAUGACUUGGACCCAGUGGAAGUGGAGAAAGCGCUGAUCAUCAAGGAGAACCAACUUGUUGAAGACACAGAUGAAAGUCUGUCUGUAGCCACAUCAAACUGUCCACUCUUCAUCAAGACAAGAGGUUAUGAUGUGUGUGUGUCUGAGGAGGAGAAAGACUUUCCUAUUGCUUAUUCUUUGGUUGUUCAUAAAUACGCAUGGAUGGUAGAAAGGCUAAUCAAGGCAAUCUACUCUCCUGCAAACAUCUACUGUAUCCACUAUGAUGAAAAGUCUCCUGCUUCGUUUAAAUCAGCCAUCAAGAGCUUCGCCAGCUGUUUGCCAAAUGUCUUCAUUGCCUCCAAAAUAGAGUAUGUCUAUUAUGCCAGCUUCAACCGAGUACAAGCUGAUCUCAACUGCUUUUCAGAUCUUCUGAGGUCAGAAGUCAAGUGGAAGUACCUCAUCAACCUCUGUGGCCAGGAUUUCCCCCUCAGAACAAACAUAGAGCUGGUGUCAGAGCUGAAGGAGUUGAACGGAGCAAACAUGCUCGAGACGUCUCGACCCCCAGAUUACAAAAAGAUGAGGUAUACGCACCACUAUAAGCUUAUGGAAAACAGUGAUCUCAACAUAACAGACCAGUUGAAAUCACCACCUCCACAUGGCAUUGAAAUGUUUGUUGGCAAUGCCUACUUUGUCUUGUCACGAGACUUCAUUGUUUACAUGAACUCCUCAGCUGUGGUGAAGGAUUUCCUGAAGUGGUCAGAAGACACCUUCUCCCCAGAUGAACACAUCUGGGCUACACUUGUGCGAAUGCCAGGUGUACCUGGGGAGGUGCCCAGAUCCCAUCCUGAUAUCACCGACCUGAUGAGUAAGACCAGGCUGGUAAAGUGGAGCGACGUAGAAGAAGAAGUGUAUCCACCUUGCACCGGGAAAUAUGUACGCAAUGUUUGUAUUUUUGGUACAGCAGAAAUUCGCUGGUUACUCAACUGUGGUCAGUGGUUUGCCAAUAAGUUUGACACUGAAGUGGACCCAGUUGCAAUUCAAUGCCUUGAAGAGAAACUAGAGGAAAGAAAAAAGUGGUUCCAGUCAGCAGUAUCUCCUACAUGCACCUGA